UAAUGGGCUCUGAUGGGAUACACCUAUGUGUGCUGAGGGAGCUGGCAGAAAACAUUGUUAGAAUGCUCUCCAUCAUCUUUGAAAAGUCCUGGAAAACAAGAGAGGUGCCUGAGGACUGGAGGAUAGCUAAGGACACUCCAGUCUUCAAGAUGGUCAAGAAACAGGACCUGAGUAACUGCAGACCGGUCAGCCUCGCCUCCAUCUCUGGAAAGAUGGUGGAGCAGCUCGUUCUGGGGGUCAUCUCUAAGCACGGAAGAAAAGAAAGUUAUCAGAAGUAGCCAGCAUGGAUUCACCAAGGGGAAAUCAUAUCUGACUAGUCUGAUAGACUUCUAUGAUGAUGUGACAGAAUGGAUAGAUGCAGGGAGAACAGUGGAUGUUGUCUUCCUUGACUUCAGUAAGGCUUUUGGCACUGUCUCCCAUAAUAUCCUUGUGGAUAAGCUCAGGAAGUGUGAGUUAGAAGAGCGGACAGUGAGAUGGAUCGGGGACUGUCUAAACAACAGAGCCCAGAGGGUUGUGAUCAACAGUGCAGAGUCCAGUUGGAGACCUGUGAGUAGUGGUGUUCCCCAGGGGUCAGUACGUUAAUGACCUGAUACACUUGAAGGCUCUGCAGCCAUUCAGCGAGAUCUAGACAGGCUGGAGAGCUGGGCAGAGAGGAACCUAAUGAGAUUCAACAAGAAUAAGUGUAGAGUCCUGCACCUGGGGAGAAAAAACACCAUGCACCGAUAUAGAUUAGGGGUUGACCUGCUAGAAAGCAGCCCCAUGGAGAAGGACCUUGGGGUCCUCGUGGACAACCAGUUAUCCAUGGGACAGCAAUGUGCCCUUGUGGCCAAGAGAGCCAAUAGUAUCUUGGGAUGUAUUAAGAACAGUGUGACCAGCACGUCAAGGGAGGUUUUCCUCCCCCUCUAUUCUGCCCUGGUAAGACCACAUCUUGAGUCUUGGGUCCAGUUCUGGGCUCCCCAGUUUAAGAGGAACAGGGAUAUACUGGAGAGAGUCCAACAGAGGGCUACAAGGAUGAUUAAGGGAAUGGAAGAUCUGUCAUAUGAGGAGAGGCUAAGAGACCUGGGGCUGUUUAGUCUGGAGAAGACAGAGAGGGACUUUAUUAAUAUCUACAAAUAUCUGAAGGGUGGAUGUCAAGAAUGGGCCAGUCUCUUUUCAUUGGUGCCCUGUGAUAGAACAAGGGGAAACAGCACCAAGUUACAGCACAGGAAGCUCCACCUCAACAUGAGGAAAAACUUCUUUACUGUGAGGGCGAUGGAGCCCUGGAACAGGUUGCCCAGAGAGGUUGUGAAGUCUUCCCUGGAGACUUUCAAGACCUGUUUGUAUGUGUUCCUGUGUGAUCUGCCCUGGGUGUUCCUGCUGCAGCAGGGGGGUUGGACUUGAUGAUCUUCAGAGGUCCUUCCAACCCCUAUGAUUCUAUGAUUCUAAGGACCUGAAAUCUAAAGGUCUUCUGCUCUGGGUCCUCCUUCCACUUACAUUUCUGCCAUGGAGCACUAAACUAGAGCCAAAGAAUGGAGCUGCCUGCCUGGCUGUGAAAGGCACAUGGGGUAUGUGAGGAGUCUGGUCUGCCUCUCCAAGGGGUAAGGAGGGUUUUGGCAAGAGCACUAGGCUCUUUUCCAGUGUGGGACUGUAAGGAUCCUACUAACAACUUCCUUCUUCCAUGUAGUGCCACCCUAGGAUUUAUUUUAUGCCUAAGGAGAAAUCCCCCAGUGCUGUCUAGUAACGAGCUCUUCUGCUUCUGAUAUCAAGCACUGCAAGUUGACUGUGAAACCAAACUGUGAUCUGCGUAGGGACGAGUGAGGACACUUGGUGUCUUGCUGGCCCUGUGGUAGUACCAUCACUGCUCUGUGGGAAGAUUUGGAUUUGGUCCCUAAGUGCUUUGGAACUGCUCUUUGGGGACACUUGCUGCAGGGCAUCCCCAGGAAUCUCACAUGAAAGGCAUCUCAGUGGUUGGCAGCAGUGGAACAUAGGUCCUCUAUUUCCCCAGGGCCAAGAAGUCCCUGAGAUCUGGGAAUGCUGAGGGGCUGACCUGGGGGGCUGUGGAUGCUUCUUCAGCAUGGGAUGCUGGGUCAUGGGGCUGCUGAGCUGCAGCAGGGAAUGCUUUAAGCACACUGACUCAUAGCAGUUAGUGCCUGUCGUUACCAUAGAAAUCUGAUCAGCUGCUAGGGGUGGGGAGUCCUUGUCCCUUGGCUCUGCUGCUGCGUGGUUCCAGCAUGAGCUCAUGGUGCAAGAGAGCCCAGUUUCUUUCUCCUUGUCCCUUUCAGAUCAGGGAGGUCAGACAUCUUUUGCAGCCCUGAGUGGAGAGCUGGGGUCUCUGGGUCUCUGCCUGGCUAUAGUGAUUGGACCAUGUAUGUUUGCCAUGCUGUCUUGGUGAUCUGAUGCCCACAAUAUGUUUUGCUCUUUCAUAUUUCUGGAAUCUAAUUUCAUUUGCUUAGCAACAGCUACCAGCCUUUUGGGAGCCCCAGAGAGGUAAAAACUGGUUGUAAACUGGUAAGGGAGGACAGGAAGCAUGGAGCGAUCCAGAGAGAUACACUGAAUGUGCAAUUUCCUGUACUCUCAAAAUGCAUCCCCAAACUUGGUCAUGAGCGUUUGCCCCUAGCACAGAGGUGAUGCCUUCUGAUGCUCAUUCUCUCACAGUUUCUGUUCUGUGCGCCCACAUCCAAGUAACUGUUUCAUAAUCUUCUCUGGAUAAAUACACACAUUCCAGCUCUAGGGAUGGAAGAUGCAAAACAUUGUUACCCCUCUCCAUUCUGCUAAAGGAAAUAGCUCUACUCUGAAUAUCAUCUUUCCACAUAAAGACGUUGUGCCUUCUCAGGUAAUCUUUGAACCCUUUGCUCUCCUCGUAAUGCAAAACAAGGACAGUCCUGUCUUGGCAAACAGCAUUACAGAGAGUCUUGCUGCUGCAAAGUGUCAUCUUGUUUUGCUACAGUUCCUUUUGGCUUACUGCCUGUUGGCCUCUGAAUUACUGUUCGUGUGGUUUGAUUGAACAAUCCAGAUCUAUGUACUUAUCCUUUCUACUGUUUCCUUGCAUAUACAAGGAAUGCUGACUUUGCAGGAUUCUGACUUUAGAGGAUAACAGAUGUUUCCUAUGAGGUCAUCCCUAAGGACUGGUACAGGUGCCAUAUGCUGUGCUAGUUCAGUCCUGAGUUUGACAUCUCUUCUGCUUCAGGUCAAAGUGAGAAAUAUUUGCAAGCAACAGCAGAUACACAGAGCUGUCUGUUUCUUGAACCCCUUUAAUUUCUUCAUCUCCUCAGUAUUAUGGCAUGCUUGGUAAAAAGCAAUAUGGUGUUAAGGAGAGAAUUGCUUGCUGCUUGCUGUCAUGUUGGAGAAAGGAUUUGCUGGGUGAUGCUGAGAAGACAUGAGGGAUGCAUGACUAUUGUUCUCCCUUACCAGCUCAGCCUAUGAAAUCCUGUUUUAAGAAGCUGUUCACUUCUGUUUUCAGAUCCCAGCACAUGGAAGCACCCACUUCAGUGCUGCUGAGAGCUCUGGCCCUCCCAUAUGGCUAGAAGGGGGUGUUGAUUCCUGGGAAAGCUUCCAGCAUUGGGCCAACUGUGGAAACAGCUGGGCUUUGUGCCAGCCCUUCGAAGGGAGGGGGAGCUCAGAGCUGGUACAGUGAGAGUAUCAGCCAGGGGCUGGUGUAGCCUGUCACCUUCCUCAGCGUCUUGUUGCUGUGCCUGUUUCAGGAGAGAAACUACUCCAGACAGACCUGUGGUCAGGCAGAGGCUGGCUGAGAGGGCUCCUGAUGGCCUUUCUGGCCAGUUGCCACAAACGAAGCUGACAUAUGUCCUGACAUAUGUCAGUGUUCCUGGCCUGGAGGAGGAGAUCCUGCCUGUGUUAAGGGGGAGGGGAAGUAUGAUCUUUGGAUAAGUAAAGAUAAGGGAGGAUUUGGGGAAAAUCAGUGAGAAGAGGAAGAGCCUCUAUGGGGAGGUAAACUUGUGAUCUCUGUAUCUCACCUAGCAAUCUCUCCAGUCCUCGUUCUAGACUCUGCAAAACAAACCGCUGUAUUUGGGGACCAUGGCUACAGACCCACUCUCAGAGCUUCAGGAUGACCUGAACUUGGAUGAUACCAACCAGUCCCUCAGCCAGCUGAAACUGGCCUCCAUAGAUGAUAGGAGUUGGCCAGCAGAUGAAGCUCCUGCUUUUCCUAAAUCAGAGGACUCCAAAGGCUCUCCUGAGCCCAUCACUCACUUGCAGUGGAAUGAUCCCUACUAUGAUAUCGCCAGGCACCACAUUGUGGAAGUAGCAGACCAGGGUGCACUUGAUGGGGCCCAACCAGGUGAUGACAAAUAUGGAAGGAAAGUAAUUUUGUUCAGUGCCUGUCGGAUGCCACCGAGUCAUCAACUUGAUCAUGUGAAACUGCUGGGGUACCUGAAAUUCACACUGGACCAGUAUGUGGAGAGUGAUUACACACUGGUGUACCUGCACCAUGGCCUGACCAGUGAGAACAAGCCAUCCCUGAGCUGGCUGCGGGAUGCCUACAGGGAAUUUGAUCGCAAGUACAAGAAGAACAUCAAAGCUUUGUAUAUUGUACACCCAACCAUGUUCAUCAAGACCCUGCUGAUUCUCUUCAAGCCUCUGAUCAGCUUUAAGUUUGGACGAAAAAUUUUUUAUGUGAACCUCCUUAGUGAGCUGGAGGAGUAUGUGAAGCUGGAACAGUUGGGGAUCCCAAGCCAAGUGCUGAAAUAUGAUGAAUAUCUGAGAUCCCUGCAGAAGCCUUCACAAGUGCCCCAGAGGUCAAUACCUCCACGCCCACCACUGCCAAACCAACAGUUUGGAGUCUCGCUCCAGCAUCUCAGGGAGAAGAACCCUGAUCAGUCUCCUGUUCCUCUGGUGGUCAGAGACACCAUUGCUUAUUUGCAAAAGCAUGCUCUUGCUACAGAGGGCAUUUUCCGCAGAUCGGCAAAUACACAGGUUGUCAGGGAGGUCCAGCAAAAAUACAACAUGGGCAUGCCUGUGGAUUUCCAGCAGUAUGAAGAUGUCCACCUCCCUGCUGUGAUUCUCAAGACCUUCUUGAGGGAGCUGCCUGAGCCUCUCCUCACUUUUGGCCUCUACGGCCAUGUUGUCAACUUCCAGAAUGUGGAGGAGGUGAAUCGUGUGGCUGUUGUUCGCAAAACACUCCAGACUCUGCCAGAAGAAAACUACCAAGUGCUCCAUUUACUGACAGCCUUUCUGGUGCAGGUCUCUGGUCACAGUGACAGAAACAAGAUGACAAACACCAACCUGGCAGUUGUGUUUGGCCCAAAUCUGCUGUGGGCCAAAGAUGUAGCCAUUACCCUAAAAGCCAUCAACCCCAUCAAUACCUUUACCAAGUUCCUGCUCGACCACCAGAAGGAGCUCUUUGAGAAUGUGGAGGCCUGAAUCCAGGCCAGCACACUGUGCCCACCUUCCCAUCUUCUUUCCCACCUUGUCUUGGACCUGUGACCAAGCUGCCUCCAGUGCAAAGGGACCAUUGAUCCUCUGGGUGAUGAGCAGAGUGAGGGCUGUGGAGACAGUGGAGAAGGUGUGUAAAUAGACGAGCAGGAGACCUGCUGCUCCGGAUGGGGAGGGGAGCUGUUCUCCCAGCUGCUGAGAGUGGAGCCCUAACCCACCUGCCAGUCUGUGCAGCACCUCCAGGGCUCAUCACCAGUCUGCUGCCCUAUCAGAUUAUCUGCCUUCCUUUCCUCCUUCCCUCCCAUGCAGUUUUUCUGCCCUCCUGGUCUCUUCCUCAGCAAAGAUCUCUUUUGUUUAAGCUCUCAACAGCCCCAGCUCACCCCUCCUUGCUACAGCUGGGCUGUCUGGGCUAGGGCAAGCUUGCUGGAUCUGGUGGCAGAGAUGUUCUUGCUGCCAGUGCCAUCUCUCAGCACUGAAUGUGCAUCCUGCCUUUCCCCAAUGGCACCUAAAGCAGGGAAGGGAGCCAGGCAGCCCUUGUGCUUCAGGUAGCAGCAUGUCCUGCACUUGCAAACCCCAUGCUUUUAGCAGACAAGUGAAGGACAGGCUCAUGGCACAUGGGCUGUAUUACCUUUCAGACUCCAGUACAAGGAAGGUGAAUUCAGCCCAAACCCCUGUGGGGUCACCUACUCGAGAUACUCUUCAGUGUUGGCUGUGGUGUAGUGGGUGUGGUGCCUCCUGUAGUUCCCCAGGUCAGGUGUGUUUGUCCUUCCAACAGCACUUCCAGCCUGGCUGGGCAGGUUUGUGCCAGACCUGGCUGUGUGGGGGUGCUGGCUGUGGCCCUUUGUCAGCUGGUGAGCCUGAAUGGCAGGGAGCAAGUGCACUGGUGGCACUGAACUGCUCAACACUGAGGAUCUCUGCUUUUGCCUGUGGCAGCAGCACAAGUCCUCUUCCCCUCUGCCAGGCAUGUGUGUCUGUGCUGGCUGGCACAGACUGCCUUGGCUAGUCACCUUUUUGAGCAGAGCUUUUUCCAGCACAGUGUAACAGAGAACAUGGCCUUGAGGAAAGGUCUAGAGACUGGGGCUAGCCCUCACCCUCAAGUGCACCAGGCCUGGAUUAUGAAUUUCUGCCCAGGUUCUGAGCACUCAUGUGCCAAAGCUGUGAAGGAACAGCUAUUCCAUCAUGCCAAUGGCCUUCGCCCCAUCUACUCCCCAGUUCGUACUUUUCUUCUGUCCUACCAUGGAAGCCUGUUCAGAUGCAUCCUGUAUGCCCUGGGCAUGGCUGGAGAGAGGGAGUUAUUUGGAAGGCAGGCUCAGAGCAGGGUGGGUCUGGCACCUUCCCAAAGCAGUUAAAAUGCUCUUAGGGCAUCACUGUUGGUUUUGGGUUGCAGCAUUCCCAUUACCUGAGCUAAAAGAGAAUCUCUCCUUAGCCUGGGCCCACCCAGCAGGGUGUUAGGAAGGAACUUCUAGCCUUACUUCACUCAUGUGUUAUAUCUUUUUAUCUUUUACCCUGUAUGCCUGGGCCAGUCCUCCCUCUUGCAUCUGGCCACAGAGGCAAAUCUUUUGGACCAAGAAGAAUUCAUUUUUUUAAAGCUAGUGGAUGCUAAAUAUAAUUUGUUUUUCAUACUAUUUUAGCCUCCCUCAGUUGUAAUAAAAAUAAGUGACAUCUGUUGCAGGAAUUAGAGAAAUUGUUCUUUUUGCCAAGCUCUGGAAUGGGGAUGGGUGUGAAUGUAGGCAGCUCUGUGGAGCAGUGCAGGUCCAGCCAGCUGGUUUGGAGCAGGAACACCAACACGUGGGUGGGGACAGCGAGCAAGAAACUGAGCAGUACUAAGCUUGAGCAGGGGAUGUUCCUGAUCCCUUCUAGUUACUGAAGAACUUUGCCCUUUGGAGGCUACAAGGCUGCUUAGUCUCCCUCUUCCAAGAGUAGGGAGUCUUCCCUGGUUGGCCAGGAUAUGAAUUGUUUCAGCCUGAAUAAUUUACAGCAGUAACCAAGUAAAUGUUUUGGAAGUAGAAAUACUCCAGUCCUAUUUCACCCGUGAUCUCUGCUAGGUGAAGUUAGCAGGGCUGAUGUGCUGUGGAGGAGUAAUCUUCUGGGAUGGACUGUGUGGAGAGAGCUGUACUUGCCCCAGUGUUUGUUUGAAAAGGCCAGGCUUUCUGGACAGCCUGGGAGGAUUGUGGAGGUGGAGGGAGCCCAGUGCAUCCCCUCCUUCCCUGCAGACACCCAAUUCUAUGUAGGUCUCAGUAUGGGGAGGGGAGACUUGUUAUGACUCUAUCUGCAGCUGACACUGGCCUCACAUCCCCCUAGAGCAAAGGCAAAUCCAGCUCCCUUCUGCUGGGACAGCAGGAGACAGCCCAAGGUCAGCAACUUGGAUCAGGAAGUGCCUGUGUGCUGGGGCAUGAAGCACAGCCCUGUCUCCCCAGGGAGGGUGACAAAGUCCAGCCCUGCAGAGCAGCCAUAUCCCUGCCCAGUAGCAAGGGAGAAGCAGUACUGGGGUAGCUUAGCUCCUUUCCAGGGGUACAGCAGGGGUUGCUGCAGGUGUCCCUGUUUUGGCUGGAGUUUUUGAUGGGUGCUUUUUUUUUUUCUUUCUUGUUGUUUUUUUUUUUCAUCAACUGAAUUCUUGAAAUACAGUUUCCUUUUUUCAGCAAAAUGGAGCCUGGUGCAUCCCCUGCAGGCAGGGAUAAAAGCCUGCUCCAGUUCAGUGCCUGCAGGGAGCAGAUUUGGAGGGUAUUCAGGAAGCUGCUAUUGCUCAUGGUGGGAAAGUGCUCGCAAAUCCUGGAAGAGACCCGGUGUAAAUAUCCCCUCACUUCUGCUGCUCCUCAUGCAGAGCUGCUGGGAGCCCUGGAGCAGGCACAGUAACCAGGGCUGCUUUUGCUUCUGCAGUCUGUUCUCCUGAAUGCCUUGUAUUAAAAUAUCCCUCCUGUGACUUGGGCAAGGAACUGGCCUGGGCCUGCCUGCAGCCUCUGCUGGGUGGGUGGCUACCAGAGCCUGCAUCUGCCAAGCCCAGGGGGUUAAAUCCCCUCCUUGCCUGGUCAGCCUCUUCACAAAGCCAGAGCACUGGCCAUGCUGGGUUUAUUUUCCAAGCUGGGGGGUAGUAUCUGAUUAGGGUGCUGGUCUUUGUCUAUUUUCUCCUUGCUGUAGAGCUGCCCAAGGGUCUCUUCCCUGGCUCAUCUUUCAGGUUAGUUAUUAGCCAUUUCUCCCUGUGGGGGUACUUGUUGCACUUCGACCCUCUGCUUUUUAGGACCUAGACCAUUCCCCUCUGCUAAACUUCCUGCUGUCUUUAAUGGCCUCUGCUCACUCCCUGCUCUCUGGCCCAAGCUGUGCAUUGACAUCCAAGGUUUUGGGUGGUGCGGGGGGUGCUGGAUCAUCUGGAUGCCUUGUGGCAACGUUUGCUAAUUUGAGAGAGAGCCAAGGGCCAGUUUGGCCCCUGCUUCCUCUUUAAUGCACGGGGGCUCCCGUGCAAAGUUUUGGCUUUGCUUUUGUUGCUGUUGUUCCCUGCCUUCUUUUCUGUUGAUGUUGUUUAGGUGCAGGACUGGGGUUUUCACGGUUCACAUUGUGUAUCUCUUUCUAAUCUGCACCAAUCUUAUAUUUCACAGUUUGCACUUUUUGUAUUUCAAUAAAAAUGUAAUCCCAGA